AGGAAGCAAGGAGGAAGAGGAGACCAAAGGACCAGGGGGGUGGGUGGGGGAGCAGAAGAGGUGGCAAGAAACAGCUUCCAUGGCUGUGUCGAGAAUUCUGUCGGUGGUGCCGCUGCUGCUCAUCGCCAUCUCGGUGCCCGCAGUUCGCUCCCUGCGGUGCUACCAGUGCGUGUCCGUGGGCAGUCUGAUUGACUGCGAACGGAACAGCACCGGGCCGUGCGGUGAAGGUCAGGACGCGUGCAUGACCACGGCAGUGACGGCUCUGUCAGUCACCACGUACACCAAGAGCUGCUCCCUGGCCAGCCUCUGCAUCCCCACAGACGUGCACGUGGCCGGGAUCGGCACCAAGGUCACCUGCUGCACCACCGACCUGUGCAACGCGUCUGGGGCUGGGCCUGGCUUCGGACGUCGGACACCGACCACGGCGGGCCCCAGCCUCGCCUUGGCUUUGCUGGUGGCGGUGGCCGGCCGAUGUUGACCACCUCGCCUGGUGUGCAGGAGGUCGUGGGUUCGAUUUCCGUGACCCUCCCGACCCCUGCUCUAUGUUUGCAGUUUGCAUCUCUCUCUCCCCCCUCUUGGAGAUAUAUUAUGAUUGUAUUCUUGGUUCUUUCGGUAAAGUCACGUAGAAGGGAAAUAAUAAAAUAAUAAAAUAAUCAAACAAUUACAUUCUCAGAACGUUUCGAUUGCAACACAAGCACUCAUCAUCAGGUGUGAAAACCACGGCAAGGAUUUUUUUGUUUAAAAAGUGGCGUUUUUUUCUUAACGUCAGCACCACAGACAGCGACUGGCGGUUGUUCAGAUGGACGAGUCCAUCUAUGUUCGGAAAAGAGGAGGGGAGAGAUGAGAAUGGAACGCGGUCUGAAAGUCACCGUGAGCGUAAACACAAUCAAUCAAGACCCCGAAAUGUUUGAUCACAUCCUUCCAAUGAUUGCUAAGCCAAGAAUCCAUCUUCUCGGUUCAAAUUGUCUCUGUGUUUGUAUAUGUGGAUGGCCUCAUGAACGAAUCUCUCAUGGAGAUGUUGACCAGCUCGCCUGGUGCGCAGGAGGUCGUGGGUUCGAUCCCGUGACCCUCACGACGCCUGCUCGAUAUACAGGUGUAAUACAGGUCGUUGAGGCGACUUCUGGAAUCCGGUCUUUUAUUCACUUUUCAUUACAGCUCUCCUUCACGCUGACAGGCAGCGUGAGAGGGAUAGAGACGUGCCGCCACGUGGCAACCCGGAGCCCCGCUCCCGCGUGAACCCCUCCUCCGUUCGUUCCCGUUCUGACCACGUGUCGUUCGUCUCCACCCCUAUUUAAUACCCGGGUCACGUGGUACGUUUCCACCAAUCCUGGUUAGCCUCUAUGGAAUAUUCCAGGCUCCCUCGUAGGCUCCCGGGACCACGCCCCUGACUCGUCUCCCCAUUGGCUGUGGCCAAAGCCAGCAGAACCAAUCAUCUACUUGCAGCUGUCACCUUCCCGUGACGUCAGGGCCACGCCCCUGACUCGUCUCCCCAUUGGCUGUGGCCAAAGCCAGCAGAACCAAUCAUCUACUUGCAGCUGUCACCUUCCCAUGACGUCAGGACCACGCCCCUGACUCGGCUCCCCAUUGGCUGUGGCCAAAGCCAGCAGAACCAAUCAUCUACUUGCAGCUGUCACCUUUCCAUGACGUCAGGGCCACGCCCCUAGGCUUCCCCCCAUUGGCUAUGGACCAGGACCGGCAGAGCCAAUCAUCGUGACGAGUUGUAAUCCGUCAACGACCCGGAUACAACCUUACAUUACACAGGUAGUCCCCGACUUACAAUGGAGAUGCGUUACGACGACCCCAUCAUAAGUCGAAAAUAUCGUAAGUCGAAGAUGGCCUAGCCUACCCAGGAGUCUUAAAGAACGGUGAUAAUUUAGCAAAACAGAGCAAUUUACAGUAGCGUGCUGUAUAAACUAUAUACUGUAUGUAUUUAUUAAUUACAAUACUGUAUUGCACGGUAAAAUGUAAAGCAAAAAAAGACAAGGUAAAUUCUUAGCCUACCUAUAUGAACUGCAAUUUAAUAGAAAGGUUUUGCAGGGAACAAUCCUAUCUGCUAUAUAUAUAAAAAAAAAGUUUUAACAUGCAUUGAACGUUUCGUAUCGUGAUAACUCUAAAAUGAAAUCGCUAAAGCUACGUAUCAUACAUGCCUUGAACGCAUCGUAACGUAUCAUAUUGUGCUGUAGUUACCAAGUUUCUGUCCGUCGUCUGCAUACUUGAACGAUGUUAGGGUUUAAUAGUAGGUUUUUACCCUUUUAACUGGUACAAAACUGACACCUUUAUUCAAGGCAUCAUGUUUGCAAUGACCACAACACAAGUAGUCAAAAAAGCAAACAAAAAGAAGCAACUCUGAUAAGGAUAAUAAUAUGCACUG